CAAGUGCCCUGUGCAGCGAUGGCGGAGUCUCUUUGGACGUAGCGAGGUUGCUGCUACUGGUGCUCUGUUGUCGUCGCUGCAAGAUUGUGCUGGUGAGAGGGCGAAUUGGAUCGUUCGAGAGUAGGAAAGGCUUGCAAGGAAGGGCUUUCGGCGCCCGCAAGCCGUAUCGGAAACGGUUCAGAACCGGUCUAGAAAUUGAGGGAGUUUUUGAGCUUAGUUUUUUGAGCUUGAGAGAUGGCCAUGGAGUCGCGGGUCUUCCAUGCAGGCAGCAGCGUAGCUUCAUCGCGCGCUUGCUUUGUGGUGUCCAGUGCUAGGGCUGGGUCGGGGCACAGGCAAGGGCAGCAGGGAUUCCAGGUGGCUGCGCAGAGGUUCAUGAGGGGCGCCAAGCUGCGGGACGUGGGGAUUGAGUGUGGGAGAUGCGGGAAGAAAGGUUCUAGGUCGGAGGGUAUUGUGGCAGCUGCUCGGAAGUCCACCCCAGAGCAAGAGGAGUACGUUGUUACCAAGAAUGAUUCGAAUGAGUACAUUGAAAGCAUCGCUGAAUCGCAAGGAUCUGGGUCUUCUUACAUUGGAUCACCUCUUUUAUGGAUCGGUGUGGGAGUGGGUCUUUCAGCACUAUUCUCUUUUGGUGCUAACAGCGUGAAGAGAUACGCAAUGCAACAGAUGUUGAAGUCAAUGAGCGGGGGCGCUGGGGGCCCUGGUGCUAGUCCGUUUGGAGCACCUGGUGGCAAUCCAUUUGCUGGCAUGCCAAUGCCUCCACCAGGCGCUGGGUUCCCGUUCCCCAUGCCUCCUACCGGGUCCGUUUCUUCUCCUGUUAGUGCUGCAGCUGCUGCAGCACCAGUCGAUGUUUCUCCUAAUGUGACGUCAUCUCAGCCUUCUGUCGUAAGUGAGACACCAAAAUCUUCUACCGAACCCAAGAUAGCUGCCUUCACAGACGUCAACGCAACCGAAAUCUUAGAAAGAGAGCAGCAAGCAGCAGCAGCUGCAGCAGCCUCAAGAUUUAGCGAUCAAUCCCCAUCAGCUCAAGAGCCUACUAGGCCUUUCUUCGCAGAUUCUGAGGUGGUAGAUUCUAAGGGUGGAAGCUACAGUGGAGCCGGGGCUGGUCCUUCGAACGACCCAUGGGAUUCUGCGGGAAAAGCAAAGCAGACUGUUUUUAGUGUGGAGCAGUUGGAGAAGAUGAUGGAGGACCCAACAGUUCAAAAGAUGGUUUAUCCGUACUUACCUGAGGAAAUGAGGAACCCAACCACCUUUAAAUGGAUGAUGCAAAACCCUCAGUAUCGGCAACAAUUGCAAGAUAUGCUGAAUAGCAUGGGCGGAGAUGGUGCUUGGGACAACCGCAUGUCGGACAUGCUUAAGAACUUCGAUCUCAACAGCACCGAGGUCAAGCAACAAUUUGAGCAAAUUGGGCUGACUCCUGAAGAAGUGGUAGCAAAGAUCAUGGCAAAUCCAGAAGUUGCAGUAGCCUUCCAGAACCCGAAAGUCCAGGCUGCUAUCAUGGAUUGUUCCACAAAUCCAUUAAAUAUUACUAAGUACCAGAAUGACAAGGAGGUUAUGGACGUUUUCAAUAAAAUUUCCGAGUUAUUUCCUGGAAUGGCUGGAUCUCCAUUUUAGAUUAGUAAGAUUUUGUGUAGUGAUGCUGGUCCCGACAGAGAUGGAGUUUAAUGAGGCAGGCGGGGCACAAUAGUGGUUAUCUUUGGGAUUAUUCCCACCAGCUUUGGUGCAUAGUUGCACUGGAAAGGAUGACGUUGCUAUUUACACCACAAACUGAGUCGAAGGCGAACGUGUACUUCAUUUGUGCGCAUUGAGAAGGAAGGGGAGAUCAUAUUGCGAGCAAUCUCUUGAUUCAAUUACUGCCAAUUUCUUGGCUUCCAGUUUAGUAAAGUUCCUUGAUGUUGUGCUGCUCAAUUCCUUCUAAACAGGAAGUUAAGUUUGAUGA